AUGGUUGCUACUGAUAACGAUAAAGAAACUGGUACAACACAAAAACAACAAAAACUUGAAGAUGGUAAAUUGGUACAGAAAGGGAUCAGCUCAAGUGAAAAUAGCUUUAGCCAAGUUCAAAAACCUAAAACAGAUAUUAUAAAAGAUGUCGCAAAGGUCAAUGAUGACGAAGAUGACUUUUUAUACGGUGAUAACCCCGAUAAUAACAAUAAUACUAAUACAAGCAACAAAAGGGAAUUAGAAAUAGGAGAAAAGGAUAAACAAGAAGGGCACUCUAAAAAUAGAAAAUUAGAAGACCAUGCAAUUGAAAGUGAUAACAUAAAGCAAAAAAAUGAGGAUAUAGAGAACCAUAAAAAUAUCAGCAAUAUGAAAAAUAAAGAUACGGAUGACUCUGACAAUGAUAUCAAUGAUGAUGAUGGUUAUAGUAGUGAUUCCUCUGUUGAGUUUAUUAUUAGUGCGGGCCAAGUUAAUUUCGAAUUAGAUUCCAAUAACCCAAGUACAACUACUAAUAUGAAGCCACUUAACACACCUUUACCCACUAAAGCUGAAGUUCCAGAUAACGUGUCCGCCUCUUUUCCUGAAAAAACUUUACCAUUGGAUAUUGACGAAAAGGGAAAAUUAGGCGAUGAAUAUAUUGAAGACGUUGAUCCAGAAAUAAUAAAAGAAAAACCAUGGCGUGAGCCGGGUAUCAAUUUAAGCGAUUAUUUUAAUUAUGGCUUUAAUGAAUUUACAUGGAUGGAAUACUUACAUAGACAGGAAAAGUUAAGAGCAGAAUACGAUCCACAGAAGAUAUUAAAUGGGUUAUUAAAUUCACAAAGACAACAACAACAGCAACAACAACAACAACAACCAAAUGCCAUUAAUUCUAAUACAGCUACUAAUGGUAAUUACAACAUGCCAUUUUUUAAUAACAGCAGUUUGUAUAGUGCAAUAAGCAAUUAUGAUAACCAAAGAAAUCAACAAUUAAAAUAUCAACAACAGCAAAAUAUUUAUGAAAAUGGUUUGAAUAAUAUAAACAGUUCAGCUACCACAACUUUAGAUACCACUUCGAAAAAUAUGAUUAAAACUAAUUCAUUUAAUGAUAAAGUCAACAGCCCACUUCCUUCACAUACUAACAUCACCAAUAAUAGUAAUAAUGUUAAUAAUGGUAUAAAUAACACAGGUACCACUUUGAACGCUCAUUCCUCUUCCCCUAUUUCUGCUAAUAAUGCUAAUCUUAAUAUUAACCACAGCAAUACUCCUACAUUUCCAUUGCCACCCAUGUUUGGCGGCUUUCCACCUUUUCCGUUUGGUAUGCCGCCAAUGCCUGUUUUGAAUCAAAAUAAUAUUAAUAAUAAUAACAGAAAUAAUUCACCUUUUAAUAACAGUAAUACCAAUAACAAAAAGUAG